GCCACUUUUCCGAAAGGGGGGAGUUUUGCAGGAUCUUUAAUCGGCCUCUAGGUGUCACGAUGGGGCUCCUGGUCCAGGCGGCUGGCGGGGGGUGUUUGUCUCCCUCUAUCGUUAUCGAAAAUUUAGCAAAAAACACUUAUAACCCAGAAGUUCGGGGUUAUGCCCGAUUAUUAAGUGCUAUUGAACUUAUAUCAGACGGCAUUUCGGCGAGAUGCUUCAUUUUUACACUUCGAUGUUUGCUCCACUCUUUAGGCCAGGCGUCCAUUUUCUUUUUCUUCUCUUUGUUUCCGUGACAAAAACCCGCCGUUUCUAGAUGAAGCAAUAGCUUAGCCAACAAGCUAAUACUACCUCUAAAAAGCGAUAGUUUUGAGUCAUGUAGUCGCACAAACACCACAAAUACGACUAUAAUACAGAAUAGAAAUGUAUAUUCUUCUCUUUUGGUCGUUUUGUUGUCCAGACGGCGGUAACAAACUGGCUAACUCACUAGCAUAGCUAGCUAGCAGUUUGUUGGCGCCCCUCCUCAACCGCGAUUCAAACCUGCUCAGCCCUUCCUGGCCCAUUACACAGCGCGCGCACAUACACUCGAGCAGCCCGGUGAUCUGCCCUACUGAAACUUCCAGCAUGAUGAGCUCGAGUUGUAGUUUCCCCCUCUUCAUCUGUCCUCGAAAUAUAUCUCAGUGUCGAGCAAAGUGAAAUGCCGGAAUUGUUAGCUAGCUUGCGGUUGUUUGCUAGCCAGCUUGUUGCGCAGAUGAAAAUCGGACGAGGAAGACGCGACGCUCAGUGAAGCCGACUGCUGAUUUUAGGUAAUACCCAUGGAAGGGGGACCGACUGAAGCCGUGGUGGACGAGACGGGGGAUGCCUUCAAAAGCAAGGAUUGUAAGACGUAUCAACGGCGGCGUGAGGACGAAGAGGUUGAAGCUGAGCUGCUGCAGGCUGCUGGUCUAGAGGCAGUAGAGCAGCCCGUAGCUGAGGGUGAGGUGACAGGCGCUGUGGUCGAUGCGCAACAGCAGCUGGUCGAAAGUGUGGUGAGUGUAAACAGUGGCGUAGAAAUGAUGGUGAUGGACUCGCUGGACCCGGCCCUGCUGCAGAUGAAGACAGAAGUGAUGGAGGGUGCCAUGGCUGCUGGUGUGAGUGUAGCCGGGGCAGCCCACGAGGCCACAGUCACCACAGUGGAUGACACGCAGAUCAUCACCCUGCAGGUGGUCAAUAUGGAGGAACAACAACUGGGCCUGGGUGAACUGCAACUAGUGCAGGUGCCUGUUUCAGCCGUGCCCGUCACUGCCACCACCGUGGAAGAGCUGCAGGGAACGCUGGUGGAUGCCACUGCCAUGCCCAAAGAUGGAGAGCCUGUCAUCUGUCACACGCUGCCACUCCCAGAGGGCUUCCAGGUUGUGAAAGUAGGUGCCAAUGGAGAAGUGGAGACUGUGGAGCAGGACGAGCUCCAUGGUCACGAGGAGCAGUCUCUGCAGCAGCAGGAAGAAGAGGAGAUUCCUGAACCCCAGAAUGAUGACCCCACUUGGGCCAAGGAUCCUGACUACACACCACCUGUCAAAAAGACCAAAAAGACAAAGAAAAGCAAGCUGCGUUACAACACAGAAGGAGAGAAAGACAUGGAUGUGUCUGUUUAUGACUUUGAGGAGGAGCAGCAAGAAGGCCUGCUCUCAGAGGUUAAUGCAGAGAAGGUUGUGGGCAACAUGAAGCCUCCAAAGCCAACCAAAAUCAAAAAGAAGGGUGUGAAGAAGACAUUCCAGUGUGAGUUGUGUAGCUACACCUGCCCGAGACGCUCCAACCUCGACCGCCACAUGAAGAGCCACACGGAUGAGAGGCCGCACAAAUGCCACUUGUGUGGACGCGCCUUCAGGACAGUCACCCUGCUGAGGAACCAUCUCAACACACACACAGGCACCAGACCCCACAAAUGUACCGAUUGUGACAUGGCGUUUGUGACCAGUGGUGAGCUUGUGCGACACCGUCGCUAUAAGCACACCCAUGAGAAGCCCUUCAAGUGUUCCAUGUGUGAUUAUGCUAGUGUGGAGGUCAGCAAGCUGAAGAGACACAUUCGCUCUCAUACCGGAGAGCGUCCAUUCCAGUGUAGCUUGUGCAGCUAUGCCAGCAGAGACACCUACAAGCUGAAGAGACACAUGAGAACCCACUCAGGGGAGAAGCCGUAUGAGUGCUACAUCUGUCAUGCGCGUUUCACCCAGAGUGGCACUAUGAAGAUGCACAUCCUGCAGAAGCAUACCGAGAAUGUGGCAAAGUUCCACUGCCCCCACUGUGACACUGUCAUUGCCCGCAAGAGUGACCUGGGUGUGCAUCUGCGCAAGCAGCAUUCCUACAUCGAGCAAGGCAGGAAGUGCCGUUACUGUGAGGCUGUGUUUCAUGAGCGCUAUGCUCUCAUCCAGCAUCAGAAGUCCCACAAAAAUGAGAAACGCUUCAAGUGUGACCAGUGUGACUAUGCCUGCCGACAGGAGCGUCACAUGGUGAUGCAUAAGCGCACCCACACUGGGGAAAAGCCAUAUGCCUGCAGCCACUGUGAGAAAACUUUCAGACAGAAACAACUCCUGGACAUGCAUUUUCGUCGUUACCAUGACCCCAGCUUUGUCCCCACUUCCUUUGUGUGCUCCAAGUGUGGCAAGACUUUCACACGCAGGAACACCAUGGCCAGGCAUGCUGAGAACUGUUCUGGACUGGAAGGUGGAGAUGGAGAGAAUGGUACUCCGACCAAGAGGGGCCGUGGUGGCAGAAAGAGGAAGAUGCGCUCGAGGAAGGAUGAUGAUGACAGUGAUGAUCAUGGAGAGCCUGACUUGGAUGACAUUGAUGAGGAAGAGGAGGAGGAAGACGCUCUUGAUGAUGUGGAGAUGGAGGUGGAACAAGCUCCACCAACUGUCCCUGUCCCCGCCCCUGCUGAGCCGCCUGUCAAGAGGAAACGUGGCCGACCUCCCAAGAAUCCUCCCAAAGCUUCCCCUGCUAAGAACUCAGCCAUAGCACCUAUUGCAACUGCCAUUAUCCAGGUGGAGGAUGAGGGCACAGGAGCCAUUGAGAACAUCAUAGUGAAGAAGGAGCAGGACGGCGUGGAUUCUUCAGCGUCAGCAUCAGCAGAGCCUGUGGUGGAGGAGGUUGAAGCAGCAGAGGGAGGAGUGGAGGCAGAGCAGCUCUCUGUCCCUGAGGCCGCACCCAAUGGAGACCUCACCCCUGAGAUGAUCCUCAGUAUGAUGGACCGGUGAUGUGCUCUCCCAGGCCCAAUAUCCACACGCUCGUAUGCGUCCUCUCCCAUGCUGUCACCUCCCUGCCUCACAGAACACAGCCAAACUCCUUUCUGCUGUGUUCUCCUUCAGUUUCUGAUCUGUGGAAUGAAAUAUCCAAUGGUCCUUUUUCACUCUUAAUCUUCACUUUAAUUUGUGUUUUUUUGUUUUUUGUUAGUUUUUUUUUUUUUUUUUUGUUACAUGCUUUAGACUCAUGAUGUCAACUGUGCAUGAUGCUUUUUUACAUUUUCAGUUAUUAGUCUGAUUAUUGUCCCAUGUAUACCAUCUAGUGUGUGGCACGGGUUGCAGAGAUGCUUAUGUGCAAAUCCGGUGACUGUAGCUGGUUCCUCAUAUUUACUGUAGUGAACUGCGCACCUUUAGAUGUUUUUGCCUAAUUAACAUGCCGAUAUUCUUUCAGCCUCCAAUCUAUUACAUUACCAUGGCAAUAUUUGAAAAGUAAAAAUUGGUGGGCCUGGUCAAGCCUUGAUAUUUAGACUUUCUAUCACUGUUGUAGAAUGGGCAUUUUACCCAACAAAUAUACUUUUAAUAUCUGACACAUGUGGCAACUUUUAUUCUCUGUUGCAUUUCUUAUUGCUUUCACUGAUUACAGUUGAUGAAAGAGAGAAAAGCUUAGGAAUAUAGAUAUAAUUGUAUGGUCUGGGAGGAUUUCCAUCCAUCACGUUUGAAAUAACUAAAAAUCUGAAGUUGAUAACAUUGUACAAAAGAAGAGUAAUCUUGGCAGGUCUUGCGUGUAAAUACGUUUUUUUAUUUUUGUUUUAUUAUGAACAUUUUAAUCCUUUUCAAGUGAAUUGAUGACAUUGAAUGCUGACACAAUGACAUUUUAAACAGUAGUCAUUUGAAAACGUGCUCCUUAAGAAUUUUAAAUCUUGACAAGGGCGUAAUGGCAUAAUAUCAUGUAAAUGCCCCAAUCUGUUUUUCCUUGGUCUUGUACAGCUUCUAAUGUCACCUGGGUUUGUUUUCAGCUUUUCAGGGAGGGAAUUAGAUAUUCUCCUUUAUGAUUGCUUAAGAUAGGAAGAUAAGAGCCUAUAGCUUGUUUCUGUCAGAGCCCAUUUCUAUGUUGGUUUCGAGACUUAUAAAGGUGAGCAUAACUCUUGAGUGGUGUAGUGGUAACAUGUAACUGGGCGACCAGGGUUUAGAUCCUGACGCUGUAAAGGAAGGAAAAAGGACAGGUGGGGAAAAUUGAAAGUCGGCCAAUGCUAGAUGAGCACUGAGUCCUGUAACUUAGUGCAGGCUACGCCCUAACUCUCCGAUUGGGUAUGACUGCUGACAUGAUAACAGAUCAGAAAAAGGUCUCUGUCCAUAGCAGCUUUCUCACAUUUUUGUUCAGAUCACAUACAGUCCACACAGCUUUAGCUUAAUGAAGCCAUUUUGAUUCAUUCUGUUAUGGAAGAACUAUUUGCAUAGAGUUAGUUCAUAAGAAAGUUCACAUUUAGAAGGACUGUUAUUUUCUGAACUUUUUUUUUAAUUUCCAGAUUCAGAAUGUUUUCCCUACUUGUACUUUUUCAUUUACAUUUCUUUUCUUUUGUUAAGCUCUUAAUUUUAGGUUGAUGCUUUUUCCUUUUUUGUACCUAGCAGUAACUGUGUGAAUUUUACAGUGGUCAGAAAACCAACAUAUAAAGACAUUUAUUAUGGCUGGGUGGGGCUUUGAGGGAAUAGGAAAAACGUGGAGAAUGUAUUGCUGUACAGCUAAUAAAAUAAUAUUGUCCUA